UUUUUCAUUUUAAAGGCAUGCAGUCAUUGUUAAAGACUGAACACCAUGUUAUAUCUCAUUACACGUGCAAUUUUCUGUAACAAAUGGAGCACCCUGCACGUGCACACUUAGUAACCCUUUUUACUUUAGUCCUUCAUGUUCAUGUUCAUGUGCUUUUCUUAACCUGUACAAGCAUCCUGUUCUUGCAAACUACUUAUUGCGUCAGUACGUUAGGGAAUGAAACCGAUCGACUUGGUCUUUUGGAAUUCAAAGCCAAAAUAGGCAGUGACCCAUAUGGCAUCUUAAGCUCAUGGAAUGAUUCUCUCAGCUUCUGCAAAUGGCAAGGAGUUACCUGCAGCCCCAAACAUCAAAGAGUUACAUCUCUGGAACUGCAAGGGCUGAGCUUGUCUGGAUCCAUAUCUCCAUGGGUAGGGAACCUCACCUUCUUGAGGUUCCUCAAUCUUGCUGUCAAUGAAGUACAUGGUGAAAUUCCCCAAGAACUUGGCCGCCUAUAUCGACUAAGACAUAUCAACCUAACCAAAAAUGCACUGACAGGAGAAAUUCCAAUCAACCUUAGCUACUGCUCCGAGCUGAAGAUUUUGGAUCUCUCUAAUAACCGCUUGGUGGGGAAAAUUCUUCCCGAGUUAGGCUCUUUAAAGAAGCUUGUGUUGCUCAGGCUUUAUAUAAACAAUCUCACAGGAGAAAUCCCACAGUCCGUUGGAAACUUGUCAUCCCUUCAAGUUAUUUCUGUAGGAAGUAAUAAUUUGCGGGGAUAUAUUCCCAACGAAUUGGGACGAUUAACAAGCUUAACAUUUAUUUCAAUUAUAAUCAACAAUCUGAAUGGUACAGUGCCUUCCAGUAUAUACAAUAUCUCAUCCAUAACCUUGCUUUCUUUUACCCAGAAUCAACUCAAAGACAGUCUUCCACCAAAUAUAGGCCUUACGCUUCCUAACCUGCGAGUAUUUCAGAACGGCGUGAACCAAUUCUAUGGAGCUAUUCCAAUUUCACUUGCUAAUGCUUCCCAUCUUGAAAUGUUUGACAUCUCUAGCAACUCUUUUACAGGAGAAGUUCCAACCAGUUUUGGAGAUUUGAAAAGUCUUCGACACCUCAAUUUGGGACGCAAUUUCCUUGGAAAUAACACAAGUCAAGAUUUGAGUUUCGUAACAUCCUUGAGAAACUGCAGCAAUUUACAAAAACUAUAUUUUGAUGUCAAUAAUUUUGGUGGUGUAUUGCCUAGCAGCAUAUCCAAUAUGUCUUCCCUCUUUGCACUUACUCUGGGAGGCAACCAAAUAUCUGGCAAAAUUCCAGCAGACAUUGGGAAUCUCGUUAACUUGUAUGUCUUGGGCAUGGAGGUCAAUCUUUUUUCUGGCAGCCUCCCCCUUUCUCUUGGAAAGAAUCAACAGCUGCAGAUAUUGUAUUUACAUACGAAUAAACUAUCCGGACAAAUUCCUGCAUCCUUAGGUAACAUUAGCCAGUUAUGUCAUCUUUUAUUAUUCAAAAACAAAUUAGAAGGUAAUAUACCAUCAAGUUUAGGUCACUGUAUAAAUCUGCAUUACCUAGAUCUAGCAGCAAAUAACCUGAUAGGUACCAUACCCCAAGAGAUCAUUGGCUCGUCCUCUCUAUCUUUGGUUCUUAACUUAUCUCAUAACACAUUGAUAGGUCCCAUACCCCAAGAAGUUAGCAAAUUAAAAAACAUUGGUACAAUAGAUGUAUCAGAAAACAAAUUAUCUGGCGAAAUUCCGGAGGCAAUAGGUGAUUGUUUGAGCCUAGAAAUCCUUUACAUGCAGGGUAACUUCCUGCAAGGACCUGUUCCCUUAUCUAUCGCAUCCUUAAGAGGUUUAAAGAGGCUUGCCCUUCGAAUUAUCCCGUUACAAGCGAACUCUUGCAAGCAAACUGGGGGAUUUCUUUCAAGACAAUUUGAUUGGCACAAGGUAGGUUUGGCUCAGUGUAGUAAGAGGAAAUCUGGUCAGCAAGGGCAGAGAUUAGUUGCUGUAAAGCAAGGCUUUGGGGGUGACUUUGGAUUAGCAAGGCUUUGGUCUAAAACUGCAAAUACUUCCUUUCAAGGCCAAACCAGCUCGAUUGGGAUGAAGGGAACAAUUGGAUAUAUGGCUCCAGAGUAUGGAGUAGGCAAUGCAGCUACAACAUCUGGAGAUACAUAUAGCUUUGGAAUAAUUAUGUUGGAGAUGUUCACAGGAAAGAGACCAACUGAUGAAGUAUUUACAAAUGGUUUGAAUCUCCAUAAAUUUGUUAAAACUAAGCUUCCAGAACAAGUCAAUCAGGUUAUGGAUCCAAUUCUUUUCCCAGCAGGAAAUACAGGGAUAGCAUCAAACAGUGUGGAUGAUAAUGAUGAAGAAAAUAUCCAGAAAUGUAACAUUAGUAUUGAAAAUUUGAGAGUAGAGGAAGGGAAUUUGGAGAAAUGUAUUGUGUCAGUCCUUAAAAUUGGAGUGGCAUGCUCAGAAGAAUUACCAGAAGAUCGAAUGAAUAUGAGGGAUGCUACAACGUCAUCAAAGAUGCAUUUCUUGGUGCAAGAAAUAUUAUUUGUGAGUAAAGGGAAGAGCUACCCCUAUUAUGUAAUUUCUUGUAAAAUAUUAUUUGUGAGUAAAAUAUCAUUUGGGAAUUUCUUCUAA